UAUAAACACAUAUUGAUCCAAAAAAGCUGAACACAGACACUUUAGUAAGUUUAAUUAUCAGACAGAAGUUUAAGCUUCUUUGUGUUUCUAAAUAUGUCGAACACUAGCGAUUCUCCGACCACCGGGAAUAAACAAACGACGACGUUUCCUCUAGCUUCAGUCGCAUUGCCUUCCAAAACUUCUGAUCAUCAGUCUCCUCAAUCUUCUCCAGGCUCAUCUUCUUCCCCAUCUCCGACACCAAGACCUUCUCACUCCGCCGGUGGAUCUUCCACGAAGAGAACGACGACCGGAUUAUCCGGCCGGCACUCUUUUCUCAGGGGGAUUCGGCUACGGAACGGAAAAUGGGUGUCGGAGAUUCGAGAGCCGCGUAAAACGACGCGAAUUUGGCUCGGGACUUAUCCGGUACCGGAGAUGGCUGCCGCCGCUUACGACGUUGCGGCGCUGGCUCUGAAAGGCCCCGACGCCGUUUUGAAUUUUCCUGGUUUGGCUUUGACGUAUGUGGCUCCUGCUUCGAACUCUGCUGCGGAUAUAAGAGCUGCCGCCGCGAGAGCCGCCGAGAUGAAGCAACCGGACCCGGGUGGAGUCGAGAAGGUAAUGGAACCGGGUCAACCCGGAAGGGAGGAGGAGGAAAAAGCAAUGCUUUCUUCGUUGGAGUUUAUGGACGAGGAAGCCAUGUUGGAUAUGCCGAAUUUGUUGACGGAGAUGGCGGAAGGGAUGCUGAUGAGCCCACCGAGAAUGAUAAAUCCGACGAUGGAGGAUGAUUCGCCGGAGAAUCAUGAAGGAGAUAGUCUCUGGAGUUACAAAUGAUUAAUCUAAGCUGUCUUUUUCUUCUUCUCUCUUCUUUUUCAGGUCCUAAGAGAUUUUUUUUUUUGUUUUUUUUUUUUGCUUUUUGGGUCGUUGUUGUUGACAUUCAAAAUAGGUUAUUAAGAUCUAUUAUGUUGCAUGCUGAAUCGCUCUGUGAUUGUUAUAUUUUUUCUACUUUUUCCUUAAAGACUUAUGAUUUAUAUGAGGCUAAUAUAGUUACACAAUUAAAAUAUUU